CGUGUCUUUCCCGAAAAUGACUUUGUUGUAGAAGGAUGGACUAUUCUAAAGGGGAUCCCAGUCGGGAUGUCUUCUUACUGGAUGCACAUGGAUCCAGAAGUGCUUCCCGAGCCAGAAAAAUUCAAGCCCGAGUGUUGGUUCCACACUGAAGAGAACCACGACCCGCGAAUAACUGAAUAUAUGGUUCCAUUUGGUAGAGGAUCGAGGGAUUGC